CUCCUCCUCCUGGGAAUUCCCGGAAUUUCUUCCUUCCGCGGUCCUGAAUCUCCCACCUGUCCUCCCUCCUACCUUCCUAGAGCUAGAGAGAGAGAUGGGGAAGAGGGUGGGGCUCUUGGACCAUCUAGAAAUGCUAGGCAGGGUUUUAAACCUUCCCAGCACCACCCAGACUUCACUCGAAAAGGUGUCUUUCGAGUCCCAAGGAGUUCAAAGACAUUGAGGAUUUUCCAUCAUUGCCUCCUUUUCAGUGCCAUCACCUCCUCCUGUGCCUUGGGCUCCCUCCCCAGACCUUUCCUCACAGACUUGAACCUUGCCAAUGGACCUGAUUGGUUUUGGUUAUGCAGCCCUGGUGACAUUCGGAAGCAUUUUGGGAUAUAAGCGGAGAGGUGGUGUUCUGACUUUGAUUGCUGGUCUUUUUGUUGGAUUUUUGGCUGGCUGUGGAGCUUACCGUGUCUCCAACGACAAGCGAGAUGUAAAACUGUCCCUGUUUACAGCUUUCUUCCUGGCCACCAUAAUGGGGGUGAGGUUUAAGAGAUCCAAGAAAAUCAUGCCAGCUGGACUGGUUGCAGGUUUAAGCCUCAUGAUGAUCCUGAGACUUGUCUUACUGCUGCUCUGAGAAUCCGCAGGAACUGAAAACUAAAUUUGAGUCAUUCUGCUGUAAUGGGCAGAGCCUACUCUUUGUAUUGAAAAGAUAAAUUCCAAUAUGGAAUAUUCACCGUGAUCUUAUUUUAUGAUAGAAACUGCAAAAGAAACACUGUCACCUCUAAUAUGGACACUGGUUUGAGGGAUUUUUUUUUUUUUUAAACAAAUGGUUUAACUGUUUUCUAAUUGUCAGGUACUGGUUUCAUUAAAGAUAUUUAAUAAAUCGUGAUACACUGUUUGAUUUGCUGUGUCAUGUGGUUUUUGUUUGUUUUUUGUUUUUUGGGGUUUUUUUUUGACAGUUCCAAAUACUCAUGUUCUGAAAUAAGCUUAAAUUAAACUACAACUUACAGAUGAUGGAACGCCCUAAGUGGGCUUCACAGAAUGCUAAUGUAUCUAUUUGUCAUUUGUGUUAUAUUUAAAAUUUUUUUUUCCAUUUUAAUUGUAUGGCUACCAGUGUUUUUUCUUUCUUUAAAAUGCUUCAUCCUCAGCACACUCUGUACCAACGGAAUGUAUUCAGUAU